AAUCACCUCUGGGUUUUUUAUUUUUUGCUAACCAAACCAAAAACUAAAAAUUUUGAAAAAAAACAACUUUUUUUUUUUCUUUUUGUUAUAAAAUUUUGUAAAUAAAUGAUUUUUCUCCUUCACUGAUGUGCGCUAAUGAGGCUGCAGUGAUGGGCACUGAUAGGCUGAACUGAUGGGCACUGAUAUGUGGUAUUGAUGUGCACUGACAAGUGAUAUUGAUGUGGCACUGAUGGGCACUGGCAGGC